UCUCGCGGCGCGACGCUGACCCGGCUGGUAUAAAACCGCCCGCCCAGCGGUGAAUCCUCACAUUCGGGUAGUCGCCAUCUACUCAGUGUGGACCCAAGCGAACCUUAGAAUGUGGCGGAUUCUGGUUUCCUUCCUGUUGUUCGCUGCGGCUGCGGCCCAAAACCAGGGCUCCGGCUUCGCCAGCAACCUGCAGCUCGCUGACGGAUACCUGCCGCCGCCGACGCCCAUUAACCCAACGACCGUAACAGCGCCAUGCGAGUCCAAGACUGUCGUCUACCGCACGCAGACGCGCGUCGUCACCAACACCAUCACGCGCACGGUUGUGUCGACGGUGCCGCAGUACGUCACGAAGACGAACGUCGUCACCAGCGUGGUGCCGAGCACCAUCGUCAGCACCCGGGUGUCCCAGGUGACGUCACUUGUGGUCCAGACGCGCAUCAGGACGAACGUGAUCACCCAGGCGGUGACGCGCACCGUUAGCCAGCCGGGCCAGACCCGCACCGUCACCUCGGAGCGUCUGCAGACGGUGGUCAGCACAGUUACCCAGCAGCGGGUGCAGACCCGCACUACGACCGUCGUGCGCGUGCAGACCCAGAUCAGCCGCGUCGUCCAGACCAUCACCCAGACGCAGACGCAGACGGUGCCGCAGGUGGUGUACGUCACGCGCACGGUGCAGGUGCCGGGCCGCACCGUCAUUAACACGCAGACCAGGCAGGUGGUGCAGACCCGCGUCAGCACCUACCAGCCGCCGCCACAGACCCGCAUCCAGACCAAGAUCGAGUACGUGACGCGCACCGAGACCCGCCAGGUGCCCGGCCCCACCGUCACGCAGACGCGGGAGGUCCUCUCCACCCAGGUGGUGUUCACCACGCGUGUGGUCACCGUGCCCCGCAUCAGCACGCGCGUGGUCCAGCAGACCAGCCAGCAGGUACAGUACGUGACGAGCACCCAGGUGGUGACGCAGACGCAGACCCGCCUCAUCACCUCCACCGCCGUGGUA